CUUUCCCAGGAAAGAUUUUUAAAGCCUUUUUUUCAGUCCUCUGUUGUUUGGUCUGUUCAAGAAGGCCACCUGGAAAUUAAGUGCAUUAUUUUUUUUAAAUCAUCAGUCUGUUCACAUUGUUAUAUGAGGCUCUAGCAUCAGCUUUUUUUUUUAAAUUGGGGGAUAAAAAUGCCACGCUCCUUUUUAGUGAAGCAGCUCAAGGUUCACGAUAUCUCAUCCUUCUACUACCAGCAGCACUGGGACGACUCUAAUACUCUGACACAUGCCAUCACUGAGUCAGCCACCGAGUUGGCGGUGCGCUUGAGUGAAAACGGCUACAUCCGUAAUUACAUCAUCCCCUCAGGGUUACACAAGACAAAGAAGCCAAGUCAUGAGCAGACUGGGCUCUCCUCAGGGCCCCUGUAUUCCCCAGGUGGCAGCAGUGGGGAUGACUUUUCUGACCAUGACAUGGAGCAUCCGGACAGCCCUGUCUCCAGUGCCUCAGUUGAGUCAGGCCCUGAGUUAGAGGCUUGUACUAUCAAUGCCUUUCUCAUCUCUGACGGACGCUCCCGUCGCAGACGCCUGGGAGGCAAGCAGUCAGACACAAGAAAGGCUUUUGGCUUGGCAGAAUGCAGUCCUCCUAAAGAAAAAACCAAAGGCCGCCACAUGUGCUGUGAGUGUGGCAAGUCUUAUGCCACUUCCUCCAAUCUGAGCAGACACAAGCAGACUCACCGCAGCCUGGACAGCCAACAGGCCAGGAAGUGUUCCACGUGCCACAAGGUGUACGUCUCCAUGCCGGCGCUGGCAAUGCACAUGCUGACCCAUGACCUGAAGCAUGAGUGCAUGGUGUGUGGCAAAGCCUUCAGUCGGCCCUGGCUCCUGCAGGGCCAUAUGAGGUCCCACACUGGAGAGAAACCGUUUGCCUGUGCCCACUGUGGAAAGGCCUUCGCUGACCGCUCCAACCUGCGUGCCCACAUGCAGACACAUUCAGCCUUCAAACACCACUCCUGUAAACACUGCCACAAAAGCUUUGCACUCAAGUCUUACCUGAACAAGCACUAUGAGUCAGCCUGCUUCAAAGGGCACCAUGCAGAGGAUGACUGCAGCUCCAAGGGCUGAUUCCAAAUAGGCUAUUAAACAUCUUCAUUUGUAGCUAGACACUUUUUAAUAGUUCAUAGAACAAAGUCAGAAGAAAGCUUGCCGUUUAUCAGACCUGUCACAUGCAUGCAUCAUAACCCUAAUUUUUAUAUAAGCAAUAAUGUCACAUGAAAUAAUUCAGGAAUUCUGUAUCGAAUUCAAAAAUUCUGUGUUGAUCACAAAUGUAAAAUAGUUUAUAU